CCCGUCGCGCGGUGAGGUUCGAACCGGUAGGACGUCUUCAUUUCAUUUCCGACCAAAUCCACGUAAAAAUUUUCUAUAACAUGGCAGCAGGAAGCAUUGACCUUCAUCAGGACAAGACGACCCUGUCAAGCUGUGACCCCAGCGAAGACAAAAUGGCGGCAACCAGCUUGGAGGCUAAAGAGAAUAUUAUUACACAGCAAAGUUGUUCUCUCUGUGAGUUUUCUACAACAAGCCAACAACAGCUAGAGUCCCAUAUUAUGAUCACUCAUGGAAAGGAUUCUGCAGAACUUUUACCUUACAGGGAAGGUAGCUACAGGAUAGCUUCCCAAACCAGCAGGAACAAAGGCGCAGAAACCAAAACAGGAGAGAAACCUUUACUGACGUGUGGGCAGUGUGGCCACCAGGCAGCUGGCUGGAACAAAAUGGUUACUCACAUGAUAAAGCACGCAGCGGAGAAGUCCCACAAUAAUCAUGAGAAUGGAACAGCUCACAAGGUUACUAGUAACUUGAAUGGGCACACGAAAGCUCGCCAAGAUGAGAAACCAUUCACGUGUGAAGCUUGCGGCUACAGAGCAGAUGGAAAGGUUGACUUAGAAAAACACAAGAAGACUCACUUCGGUGAACUGCCUUUUAUGUGUGGAGAAUGUGGCUUUCGGUCAGAAUUCAAGAGCACAAUGGACAUCCACGUACAAAUUCACACUGGAAACAAGCCCUUUACAUGCGACCAAUGUAGCUAUACGACAACUCAUAAAGAUGACCUUGAUAGGCACAUCAAGACACACAGUAAGAUCAAACCAUGGAGCUUUAACAGCUCCAUGAUCAACGUAAAUGCUCCAUGUGGUCAAUGUGGUCUGAUGGAUUGGACUUUUGCUCACUUUGGCCCAUUUAUGUGUGCUGAAUGUGGCUACAAAACAUCGUGCAAGCUUGGCAUCGACACUCACAUGAAGACUCACACCAUCUGCAAAGACUGUGGCUACGAAACGACGGACAAGUCUGAGAUGGCCGCGCACAAGAAGACAAACUGUACUAAACCGCAUCCGUGUACAGAGUGCGACUUCAGGGCAGCUACAAAGUUUGACCUGGACCGACAUUUUAAAACUCACACAGACGAGAAGAAAUCUUUUCUGUGCCACAUAUGUGGCUUUGUGGCACCGUUCCAGCACAAGCUGACUAGCCACAUGAUAACUCACUCGCAGGACAAACCACUCAAAUGUGAGAAAUGUAACUUCAGAGCAAAAACAAAGUGCAACUUACAAAGACACAUGAAAACUCACAUAGGAGAGAAACCUUUUAAGUGUGAAGAGUGUGACUUCAAGUCAGCUAGGAAUCAUAGCUUGAAAAGACACAUGGGAACUCACAGUCACGCCAGGAACAAGCCAUUUCAGUGUGAACACUGUGACUACAAGUCAGCUAAGAAGUUUACGCUAGAACGUCACGUGUUGACCCACACAGGAGAGAGACCGUAUGCCUGUGGGGAUUGUGACUACAGAGCAACGCAGUCCGGUACCUUAAAGAAGCAUUUGGAAACUCACAAUCACAAAAGGGAAAAAUUGUCCUAA